CAGAGAUGUGAUCUUCCCACUCUGUUCAGUGCUCCUGAGGCCAUGCCUGGAGCAGCGUGUUCAGUUCUGGUACCCACAAUUCAAGAAAGACACAGACAAAGGGUAGAAGAAGCAAUGGGCACCAGUUACACUGGGAAAGGAUUUAUCUUGACACAAGACAGUUUCACAGUGAGAAACAGUCCUUCAUUGGAAGCUGCUCAAAUGGCUGCCUAGGUGAGCACUGCGGGGCAUGUUGUGGAUGGUGAUGUCACUGAGCAGCGGGCUCUGAUGUCACCCAGCCAUGGACUGUGACCUCACAUCCAUCGCUGCUUAUCUUGGGGCGCUGGCAGAACCUGGCCCAGCCUGGCUCGUGCCUGGACUCCUGCCGAGCAGCCUGUGAGGUCUGGAGGUCUGAGCGAGGCUUUUCGUGGUGCUGGGUGGUGCUUUGGGGCUGCUGUCAGCAGCUCUCAGUCCCAUUCCGGAGCCAUCCCCUGUGUUUCCCCAGCCCUGCCUGGUUCAGGCAGACGGGAACUGCCAGACACGCUUGCAGCAGCGGAGCCUGUGACACCCACUGCUGCAGUGUCAACCAGAAGGACCAGCUCCUUGUCCUCAGUGCUCCCCAGCCCAUCACAGCACCCAGAGAACAUGGCUGCCGAGAGCGAGUGGAGCUGCCCCAUCUGCUGCGACGAUCGAGAGGACGUCGCCUACAUGUCCCCCUGCCUCCACCAGAUUUGCAUAGGCUGUGCCAUGCGCUGGGUGAGGCAGAAGGCAAACUGCCCCCUGUGCCGGUCGAGGACGACGGCCAUCUUGUUCUCCAGGCUGUCCGACGACGACUAUUUGAUGUUCGACGUUCCCAGAACUGCAGCGUCAUCGGAUGAAGAUGAGGAUGAGGAGGGGGUUGUGGGGCCAGUGCCCAGGGCUGAGGUUGGUGGCUUCCCUCCUGAGGUCUGGGCGGACUAUUUCAAGAGCCACCCAAAUAACACCAGGCCCCUGCUGCCGUGGCUGCGACGGGAGCUCCAGGCGCUGGCCGAGAACGAGUGGUGGGAGCUGGAUGCGACGGAGGCCACCGUCGUGGCCCACCUGUGCCUCUGGGGGCUGGAUGAGGAGGCGCUGGUGCGGCAGCUGCAGGACAACGUGCUGGAAGACACCAGGACGUUUGUCCGCCAGCUGAUCGACGCCACUGUGCAGCUGUGUGGCCGGGAGAUCCGCCUGCACCUGGGCCAGCAGGACCCCCGUGCUGACUCGGGGGAGGACGACAGCCCUGCGUCCAGCCCCAGCCCCAGCGCCUCCCGGGGGGGGACUCCUGCCCCCCAGCCGGCCUCCUUCGGCAGCCCUGCAAGCUCUGAUGUGGAGGAGCAGCCAAGCACGUCAGAGGCCGCCCUGCGUUGGGCUCCCAGCUGCUCCUCAACUGUGCCCGUCCCUGCAGAGCAGCUGGAGCAGCCCCAGGAGGAGCCGGGGCAGGCGGUGGCAGGUCCCUCUGGCCAGGGCUGCAGCCGCAGCCCCUCCAGUCCCGGCUGGGGCAGGGACCGCUCGCCCGGGGGGCCCCGUCGCCCCCCAAAGAGGAGGAACCCCAGUCCCCCGGAUUCUCCCCAGCCCAGCAAGAGGCUGCCCCGCCGCCGGCGCUAGGCUGGCCCCCCAGGUGCUGGCAAAAUGGGGGCUGAAGCAGAGCACGAAGCUGCCAUUAUUUGAUUUAAUUUACUUAUCAGAGAAUUAAAGGAAUAUAUACUCCAGAAGUCUCAGUGCCAGGAAGCUCUUUGUUAGCUGGCUUAGUCUACUUAUUAGAAAAAUAAACAAUAAAGAUGACAGGAUAAGUCCCAGUGUUGCUAACAGUGCAGGUGGCAUUGCUGUCCCCACCCAGGCUGCCCUUGUUUCUUUCCGCACCUUCCCCCUCAGUUUCCACAGCAGCCUGGGGUCAGUGGGAGUCUGGAGGGAGCUGGGCUAUGGCCGUGCAGCCCUUUGCUGUGGAGGGGGUGGGAUGCCGAUGCUGACGGCUCCUUCCAGACAGCCCAAGGGCUGUUUCUUUCCUUCUCCCCCCGAGAUUGAGUUCUGCCCAGCUCCAGGGCUGCAUCUCAUCGGCUGCUCCCUGGGCCUUGGUACACAGCAGUAUGGCUUUUUUUUUUUUCUUUUUUUUCCCUGUCUUUAAUUUGCUUCUCUUGCUGCAAGGAAGACCAAGUCAAAGCAUCUCUCUGUCUACUUGCAUCUGAGUGGUGGGCGUUUUUGCUGGUUGUCCAGAAACGUCUCUCAGUUGAGGUGUUUCAUUGGCCAACA